GUUUCAGUGCAUACGAGUGAUUAUUUUUAAUCGGCUAUGUGCGAGUUCAAUAUAUCGUGUAUACAGCGGUAUGUUGCCACCGCUGACGCUUUCGAUGCGCGCUGUGACCAUCGCCAUCGAUAGUUGACUGCCAUCCCUAGACUUUAGAUGGAAUGGAUUUUCGUGAAAUAAAUAAAUUGAAUUGGCGUUUAAAUCUGAAUAACAACAACAGCCUUGUCGAAUACAGCAGUGCGGUGAACAAGUACACGACUUCCGAUGUGCCGGACGAGCAUCCACAACUCCUCAGACAAAUCGAUUGUGCGACAGGGGCGACGACAAUGGGCACGAAACAAAAACAGGCACCAACAACACCAGCCUCAGUCUCUGCCUCUGCCAUAAGCGUCAAUGACGAGGGGGGCGGUGUUGGUGGUGCCGUGGGGACAGGGACUGAGACUGGGACUGGAGACUGCGCUGCAGCAGCAACAGCAGCAGUGGCGUCGCUUGAAACCGAGGGCGGCGGCGUCGUCGGUGAUAAGAUUGGAGGCGCGGCGGCCGCCUACUGCGCCUUGGAUCUGGAUGUGACCGGCUAUGGAAUGGCAGCUGCCGCCGCUGCCUUAUCGCCCACCGAUGCGGCAUUUGGUGGAGGCCUCAGCUCCAGCCGCACCUCCAUGAACAAUUCCACGGAGAAUCUGAGCUACGCCAGCGACAACUUCUACGGCGACGAUCUCAUCCUGCUCGACGACGACGAUGUGGAGGCGGAGGAGAUAUCCCUCAAUUCGGACGACUGUGUCUACGCCUAUCGCGGCGACGGCGCCGAUUUCGACCUCUCGAUGGAUGCCGCCGCCAUGGGACGCGGCGGACGGCAUCAUCUCGACUUUGGCCUGCCCGUGGGCAUGCCCGAUCUGCUUGGGGCCGAUGAUGAGACCGAGUUUCUGGAAAUGGACUUCGAACCGGAUCCGUCCUCCGAGCUGGAGUUUGCCAGCGGUGCCCAGGAUCUCGGCGCCCUGCCGCAGGCCAAUCUGCUGCUCAUGCAGCGCGAUUACAGCCAGAUGAGCGGCAUGGGCAUGGUCACGCCCACGCAGGGCAGGCAGCUGUACAGCUCGCCCAUCGACGAUUUCCCCCAGGAGGAUGCCCUGCAGCAGCAGAAGCAGCGUCUCAACAAGAAGUUUGCCCGGAUUAGCCUCAAUCUGGAUCAGAUCAAGGAUGGCACUGGCAGUGGCGUGGACAUGGAUCUGGAUGAAUUGAUUGGCGGAACCGAGGAGGAGGGCGGUCCGCCACAUGUGGGCGGACAGCUGGCGGACACAGCGCUGGCCCAAUCCCUGCCCAGCACAUUGUACACCGGCUCCAGCUUCAGUCGGAGCACCAGCGUGCCCAGCGAUCAUCCCGAACCGAAGCUGACGGGUGCCAAGCCCAAGCGACUGUCCAACUCCUCGUCGGUGAUGUCCAAGAGCAGCUCGUCCUCGAAGUCGCGACGAUCGCAGCCCUCGGCCAGCUUCGAUGAGCGCUGCUACAGCUGCACGGACUUUCGGGCCACUUCCGCCUCCUCCUGCCAGCAGCUGCCACUGCAGGCUACGGACACGGUGGCGCCCAUGCUGGUGGCUGCUGCUGCCGUGGUGGCCAUGGCCGCCUCAUCCUCGUCCAUGGCCCACUUUGACUUGACGAGCGGCAACGAGGAGAACUGCCUGGACUGCCUCGAGAAGGAGUUUCUGGCCAACACCAUUGGCAAGGCCCUCGAUAUGAGCACCUGCCCCAAGUGUCGGCGACGCGUCGGCAGCAACAGGGGCAGCAGUCUCUCGCUGUACACCCGGGCGGAGCAGACACGAUGUCGCAGCGGAUCGCCGGGCUACUUUGAUGAGGCUGGUGGCCUGUUUGCCGGCUGGCAUAGUGGUGCAGCUGGCGCCGGUCCCAGUUUGGGUCCCGCCUAUAACCAAAGGUUUAUUUCGUGUGAUAAUAAUUUUGGCGGCGUGCAGCUGCUCAAGCAAAGCUUUUCGACUGAGCCGCUGGUGGCGCGUCUGUCCACAGGACAACUGUGCGAUGAGGAGCAUCUGGUGCAGGCGCUGGACAAGCUACACAUUUCCUACGACAAAUCCCUGCUGCACGCAUACUUCGCGCAGCUAUCGAAGCCCGCCGGCAGCAGCGGCGCUGGGAAUCUCAAGCAGCUGCUGCUGCAGGCCUCCAAGCGGCAGUGCAACCAUCGCAAGCUCAAGAAGCUGAUCGAGCUGGCCACCCAGCAGCAGCUUCAUGUGCAAUUUAAAAGGACAAACGAAGGGGACACCAGCAAAGCAGCAGCAGCAGCAGCAGCUUUGGUGCCCGUUAGGGUGGCGGAUAUUUUGGAUGCCUGGGCACGCCAUCGAGAUCUCUCUGUGUUGCGGCAAUUGGAUGCGCGUUUCCAUCGCGCCAAUGUGCUGGGAAAAGUUGGUCAAAUUGUGCGCCAGGCAGCUGCAGCGUCGUUUGCAGCUGCCACCGCUGUCGCCUCUUCAACCUCAAACUCGGCGACGCGGCGUGCCCUGACCGAGUUUCUGAUGAUACCGCAGUAUUAUGAUAGUGGAGAGCUGACAUUAACGCGCAAAUGUUAAGAGGAACAAGGACACGCCCACACGCCCACACGCACACACGCACAUUCAUCCAACAGACAGACACACACACACACACACACAGAGAUAAGAGAACGAACCACAAACUAAAAUGAAAGUGGAAUAAUUGUAAUGCUUAGGCUGCGUUUUAUGUUGUAACGAAUUAUGGAGAGACUGUGUGAGGCAGAGAGUAUAGCUCCCGCCCUGACCUCCCACUCCAUGUUUAGUGUGAAGAAAAAAAGGAUGUCUCACAAUUUAA